AUGCCUCAGAUCACUGAAAUCUUCUUUGAUUGCGACAACACUUUGGUCCUCUCCGAAGAGUUGGCCUUUGAGGCGUGCGCCGAUCUUACAAAUGAGAUUCUGGAAAAGCGUGGCAUUUCGGAUCGCUACACGGGGGAGCAGCUGAUCCAGGACUUCGUUGGUCAGAACUUCCGCGGGAUGAUGAUCUCCCUUCAAGCCAAGUACAACUUUGAGAUGCCCGCCGAGGAGCUCGAAGCAUUUGUCAAGAAGGAGGAGGACAAGGUCAUUGCCAAGCUUGAAGCUAAAGCUCAGCCUUGUGUUGGUGCCAAUGAGGAACUUGAGAAGCUGUUCAAGUCAAAGAAGUACCAUCUCGCAGUCGUCUCCUCAUCUGCUUUGCGUCGUGUCCAGGCUUCCAUCAAGAAAGUCGGACAGGACAAAUUCUUUGAUGAAGACAUGGUUUUCAGUGCUGCGACCUCGCUCCCCAAGCCCACCUCUAAGCCCGACCCGGCUAUCUACCUCCACGCCCUUGAAAAGUGCAACAAGAAGCCUAAAGAGACUGUCGCUGUUGAAGACAGCAAGUCUGGUGCUCAGAGCGCCAUCCGUGCCGGCAUCCACGUUAUCGGCUAUGUUGGCAGCUAUCCCGGCGAUGAAAAGAAGAUCGAAAUGACUAAACUCCUUCAGGAUCUCGGCGCCAAAGUCAUCAUGAAGGACUGGUCCGAAUUCCAAAACUGUCUCGAACAAAUCGAAUCGGCCGAGUAG